AUGAAACUUGAUAUUACAGAAACAACAAGAAUCAUUCAACAUACUCGACAAUCGACAUAUGAUGAUAAUCAAGAGAUAAUAUGGCCAACUACCAUUGGCAUAUUUGUUGCAUUAGCAUUAGGAUGGAUGAUAUGUCGAUAUAAAUGUUCUUCACAAGAAAGAUCUCCACAUGUUGUUCGAUGUUGUCCAAAAUCAUUAUGUAAAAGAAUUCGAUUAUGUUGUAUAUGGACAUUUAGUUUAUUUAGAUAUAAUAAUGAAUCACACCGACAACAAAAUUCAAGUUCUGAUUUACGAAUACAAAUCAAUAAAGAAAGAAUAUCGAACCAAAGUCUAUUAGAAAUUCCAUUUAUGGAAAAUAAUUCAACAACACAUCAUUCCUCAUCUCUUACACAAUCUUUCCAACAAUGGCCACAACCAUUUCUUUUAAAUAAUAAUCAAGAACCAUCAUUUCCUUUAUCAAUAUCAAUCCAAUCAACAAUAAAUUCGUCACAACCUAAAAGACAUCCAUUACGUCUAAAAUCAAUAUCAACUGAAACAGAACAUAGUAAUGAAAGACGUUAUUCAUCACCAUGUCCAUUUCGAGCAACAAAUAUGGAUUUUCAUGAACAAACAAAUAAUAUUAAACAGGAUCAUCUGUUCUUUAACACUUAA